AUGCCUCCAAAGAAAGCGACAGCCGUCCAGAAGGGAAAAUCAGUAGCAGAAGGUACUAGUCAGACCCGGAGAGUUACUAGGGUCCGUGCGCAGUCUAUGCCUGGUAUUAUGCUCCAGUCGGAGAGCUCUGCUACACCCCCACCGCCAGAAGAGCUUAGAGCAGUAGCAGCUCCAGUCCGAGCACCGGUAGUCAGCGUUGAUCAAGUUUGGAGAAUUUCUGGUCUGGAGACAGGGAUGGCUCGCACGCGAGGCGGUGCGUUUGGGGGAGAUGCACCCGGAGCCUCAGCUUGGGGUAGACGUCGACCACGAGGUCGAGGUAGGGCUGCAGCACCUGCCUGGGAUAUGGAAAAGGAGCCUCAUGCAGCGCAUGUACCACAACCAGUGGGGCCGGGGCCUGCCCAGCCACCACCCGCACCAGUUGCAGCACCUGAUCUUCAUUCCCUCUUGACUCAGAUAUUAGCUGCUAUUGGGAAUAUGCGACAGGCACCAGCACCAGCAGUACCAGCACCAGCGCUGCAAGAUCAGCCGCCACCAGUUCAUGUGGCCGCCUCACCAGACUUAGAGGUUAGAGAGAUGCCACUGCGGGAUCAGAAGAUGCUUGGGGUAUUUCAGAGGUUGGCACCGCCUAUAUUCUCAGGGGCGAUUGGAGAGGACGCUCACGAGUUUCAGCUCACUUGCCAGGAGCAGUUACAGUCAUUAGGCCUUUUGGAGUCGAGAGGAGCUGACUUUACCGCUCAUUAG